UCCAGAGACGAGCAGAGCCUGUCCGAGGUGGAGCUCAGUCCCGGCAUGUCGGACGACAGCCGGUCCCUGUCCCCGGGGGUGUCCUCCUCCGGGGCCGCGGGGACAGGGGACUCGCAGCUGGACGACGCGUCGGCGGGCUGCUCCUCCGUGAGAUCCGAGGACGAGGACGACCGGUUCCCCGCUGGGAUCCGGGAGGCUGUGAGUCAGGUGCUCAACUGCUACGACUGGACCCUGGUGCCCAUGCCCGUGCGGGUCAACUCCGGGGGCAAGAGCAAGCCGCACGUCAAGAGGCCGAUGAACGCCUUCAUGGUUUGGGCUCAGGCGGCUCGGAGGAAGCUGGCAGAUCAACACCCGCACCUGCACAACGCGGAGCUCAGCAAGACCCUGGGGAAGCUGUGGAGACUCCUGAAUGAGAGCGACAAGCGGCCCUUCAUCGAGGAGGCUGAGCGGCUGAGGAAGCAGCACAAGAAAGAUUAUCCCGACUACAAGUACCAGCCCCGGCGCCGCAAGAACGGAAAGCUGGGCUCCGGGUCCGGGAGUGAGGCCGAGGGCCACUCGGAGGGUGAGGGCCCCCACAGCCAACCCCGCUACAAGGGCCUCCACCUGGAUGUGGCCCUGAGUGGGGGGGCCCGAUCCCCUCUGGCGGACGGGCACCACCCACAUGCUUCAGGUCAGAGCCACAGCCCCCCCACACCCCCCACCACGCCCAAGACAGAGCCUCAGUCUGGGAAGGUCGGAGACGGGAAGAGGGAGGGGGGCUCGGGUGCUCCGGGGUCUGGGAAACCUCACAUUGACUUUGGUAAUGUGGACAUUGGUGAGAUGAGCCACGAGGUCAUGGCCAACAUGGAGCCGUUCGAUGUCAAUGAGUUUGACCAGUACCUUCCCCCUAAUGGGCACCCGGGGGUGGGGCAGGCCUCAGCGUACACCUACGGCAUCUCCUCCGCUCUGGCGGCGGCCAGCGGACACUCGGCUGCCUGGCUCUCCAAGCAGCAGCCGCCGCAGCAGCAUCACGGCUCCAGCCUGAGCUCAGACCCGUCCAAGGCCCAGAUUAAGAGUGAGGCUGGGGGGGCCGGGGGCCACUUUGCAGAGGCCGUCACAGCAGGGUCCCAUGUGACGUACGCGCCCCUCAGCCUUCCUCACUACAGUUCUGCUUUCCCCUCGCUGGCCUCUAGGGCUCAGUUUGCUGAGUAUGCUGAUCAUCAGGCCUCGGGGUCGUACUACGCCCACCCAAGCCAGGCCUCGGGGUUAUACUCCGCCUUCUCUUACAUGGGGCCCUCCCAGAGACCCCUGUACACGCCCAUCAGCGACCCGGCCAGCGUGCAGCAGUCGCACAGCCCCACACACUGGGAACAGCCCGUCUACACCACCCUGUCGCGGCCAUGA